AUGUGCUCUUUUCUCGAAGAAGAAAAUAAAGGUUUGCAAGAAAAAAAUUUAUCCCUAGAAGCAACUUUGGACAAGAAGGAACAGGGAUUUAAGAAGCAAAAAAUGCUUCUACACGAAGAACAACAACUUGCGUCUCAAGAGUUAAAAUCACUUAGCAGAGUGAUGGAGGAGACUUUAAAGGCUUUUAGAUCAAAUGAAAAAGAAAGUCCCGAAUCAAAAAUUUUUUACUCUCAAAAGGAUCCCGUCUGGUCUGAAGCUCAAGACUUAGAAUGUGAAUCAGAUGAUCUUGUUUAUUGCAAUCAUUACAAUAUGAGUUUGAAAUCAAAAUCAUUGACAUGUACAAAAUGCCACCAAAGCAUAGCUAUACACGUAGUUGUUUCUUAAUUCUUUUUAAAUCAACAUAAUAAUUUCCUUGAU